GAAAUAAAUCUGAGAAACUUAUAAAGUUCCUUUAAUUCCUAUUUAUUGUUUCGUUUAUUGCCUUAAUGCUUAAAUAUUUUGUUGCUUUUGAAAUCCAAGUGCUAAGUAUUCGAAUUUAAAGUCUGUUCUGUCAUCGUGUUAGUUUAGUUUUUGUGAAACUGAACUGACUGACGUCAACUGGACUGCUUUAAAAUGGAUAAGAGAGAGCCCAAAUAUAAUUUUGGUUUACUAGAAACACCACAUUCAUCUGAGUCCUCAUUCACAUCUCCUCAUAGUGUUUCAAGUUCAGAAAAUCCUCAGCCAAAACCUUCAAAUUCAUGUUCAAGUUACUUCCAUUCAAUGGCUGGCUCAUCUUCCAGUUCAUCUAAUGAUAAAGUUAAAAAUAGAACUCCUGUUUUGACAUCAGAUUCCUCCAGGUCUAGAGCUACACCUAGAAUUACACCAGGAUCUAGAGCUACACCAGGAUCCAGAGCAACACCUGGAUCCAGAGCUACACGUAGGAUAACACCUGAUGCUAGAAUAACACCUGGUUCCAGAGUUACUACUGGUAUAAGUAGUGCUACUUCUACUACCACACCGCAAGCUUUAAACAGUACAGUUAUAGUAGCUAUAGUAGAAGGUCGAGGUAUAGCUAGAGGUGAAAUUGGUAUGACCAGUUUAGAUUUAAAAUCACCAACACUAGUUCUGUCUCAGUUCUCAGAUUCACAGACCUAUGUUAAAACAUUGACUAAAUUGCAGACUUUAGUCCCCCUGGAGAUAAUUGUACCUAAUACAUCAUUUGAGAAUGAUAAAAAGACAACGUUAUUAAAACUAAUAUCAGACCAAUAUUCAGCCACCUGUAUAUCAGCUGUACAGAGAAAAUACUUUAAUGAGGCUAAAGGGUUGCAGAUGUUAAAACAUUUAUGUAAAGAAUUCCAUACAAUGGAAAUGGUGCUGUCUUCAAAAUAUUACUGUCUAGCCACCACAGCUGCUAUAUUAAAAUAUAUAGAAUUUAUACAGAAUAUUGAAUACGCUCCCAACUCUCUACAGUUGGUAUUUAAAGGCAGUGAAAAUUCCACAAUGAUAGACAUGGCUACUUCAAGAAAUUUGGAAUUACUUCAAAAUCUAAGAUAUCCUAAGAGUCAUCACACUUUAUUUGGAACGCUUAAUUUCACCAAGACUCCUGGUGGUACUCGGCUAUUGAGAUCUAAUAUACUUCAACCACCGUCAGAUGUUGAAACUAUAAGACUGCGACAAGAUGUCAUCUCUGAAUUGGUAGAAAAAGAAGACAUAUUUUAUAAUCUACAGACAACUUUAAGUAAAUUUCUAGACAUUGAACAUCUAAUAUCAGCUUGUGUCAUGAUUCCAAAACAAGACUCGUUAAAAGUUGCUGAAAGCAAAAUUACCACUGUCAUUCUAUUGAAACACACUCUAGAUCUGGUGCCAGGUUUUGUGGGAUUUCUGAAAGACUGUGAGAAUGAUCUGAUCAAAGCCUACUGUCAGACUUUACAAGAUGGUCGAUAUGAAGAAAUGAGAAAUAAAAUCUCUAUAGUAAUACAUGAUGAUACUAAAUAUCAAAAAGGGGCUUUAAAUAUGAGAACACAGAAAUGUUUUGCAGUUAAAGUAAGAUUAUUGGAUGUUGCUAGAAGAACUUAUUCUGAAAUCAUCAAUGAUAUAUCAGAAAUGAUCAACCAACUUGGUCAAGAAUGUAACCUACCAUUAAAGCUAGCUUACUCUACAACUAGAGGUUUUUAUAUACAGUUAUUCUGUGGACAGAAAGACAACAGAUCAGCAGAGUCCUUACCAGGCCAUUUCAUCAAAGUUUCCAAAUUUAAAAAUACUUUCAGUUUCACCACUACUGAUUUGGUAAGUGUUUAUCGUGUAAAAGAAUCAUUACAAGAAAUAUAUCUCAUGACAAAUGUGGUUGUAACAGAGUUAAUGAAUGAAAUAAGAGAACAAAUUGGAUGUUUAUAUAAACUAUCAGAAGCUGUCUCUAUGAUAGAUAUGUUGGUAUCUUUCACUCAUGCUUGUACACUCUCAUCUUAUGUGCGUCCAGUUUUAACAGAUACACUAGCUAUAAAACAAGGUAGACAUCCAAUAUUGGAGAAAAUAGGAGUUAAUGCCCCUGUUCCUAAUAAUGCCUAUGCUGCAGAAGACAAUAAUUUUAUCAUCAUAACUGGUCCAAAUAUGAGUGGUAAAUCAACAUAUUUAAGACAAGUUGUGUUGUUACAAAUCAUGGCUCAGAUGGGAUCUUUUGUACCUGCUCAAUAUGCCUCAUUCCGUGUUGCUGACCAGAUUUUCUCUAGAAUUGGUAGUGAUGAUGAUAUUGAAACUAAUUCCUCUACAUUUAUGGUAGAGAUGAAAGAAAUCAACUAUAUUAUACAGAAUGCUACAGAUAAAUCCUUGAUUAUCAUAGAUGAACUUGGUAGAGGUACCAGUGCUGAUGAAGGUGUUGGUAUCUGUCAUGCUAUAUCAGAACAUUUAUUAAGUUGUAAGGCGUUCACUUUGUUCGUUACACAUUUUAUGGACCUGACCCACUUAGCCUCGUUAUAUCCCAAUGUAGAGAAUUAUUUUUUUGAAGUGCAGAGAACAUUCAGUGUAGAAGGCAACUGUGAAACGAUGACUUUCACCCAUAAUCUAUCUAGAGGACAAACUAAAGAAAAACACUAUGGGUUAAAAUUAGCAGAGUUAUCUACCAUGCCGAGAAGAGUAAUAGAUGAAGCCAAUGAAAUCUCUAAAAUUCUUGAGAAGAAAGAUCAAAAGAACUUAGAAAAUAAAGAAGCUCUGUAUGAAAAGGCUGUGUUUAAACUAGGUAUGCGUUUGGUACAAACUGCCAAUAAUUCCAGUUUGGACCCUCAGAGUUUACGAGCAUUUCUGAAAAUGUUGAAGGUGAAUUUUGAGAAAGAGGUAGGAUCAGACACUACUUCCACCACUGAAGAAUAGAAUUACUGGUAACAAUGUGUUGAGUUUGUUGAUCAUGGUCAAAUUUUUCCAAUUUGUCAAAUAGAAAUGGUGUGUCAUUUGGCAAUAUAGACUUGACAUAUGGUAAUAUAGGCUUGACAUAAUGAAACAUAGUCUUGACAUAGGGUCAUAUAGACUUGAUAUAUGGUAUCAUAGACUUGACAUGAUGAAACUUAGACUUGACAUUUUGCAGUAUAUACUAGUAACAAAUGCUUGAUAUAUAAUGAAACAGACUUGACAUAAUUGAAACAAAAAAGAUAAUUUCGUUGUUGAUUUCAUUGUAAACAUAAAAUAUGUUAUUGUAAAAUUAUUGAAAAUAUAUGUAUCAAUUUUUAUUGUUUCAUUAAAGAAAAAAAAAAUUCUUGGCAAUCAUUUCAGAACAGAUCUUGGUGUUGUAGCCCAUGAUUUCAGAAAAUAACCUGUAUCUAAUAUCUAGUAAAUACAAUACAUGGAUGGUGAAUAGAUUUUGCAUGGGAAAUAGCAAUGAUACUAGCUUGCCAUUCACAAAAUGGCUUGAAAUUAAUUUUUGAAUCAAUUCGACAAUAGUCGGAGGUUUACAUAAAGAUACGGAUUACGGAAACUGUUGAUAAUUUCCGAUUGGCAGAGAGGUGGCGAAACUUGGAUGUUCAGCUAUUUGUUUUGGAUCCAUAUAAAACUGCUUCAGAAGCUUUAAGAUCUGAUUAGUACAGAAUUGUUAAAUACGAUAAUCUAAGACGCAGAUGAUCUUAUGGUUCUAUUGGGCGUAGACAGUCUUUCCACAAUUUCAUCGGUGUUUCUACUCCGUGGUAAACCACUUAGCAAUGGCAAUGCCAUCGACUUCGUAAUUUCUAUUUCUGACUCCACACGGGGUAACGAUUUGCUACAGCGGAUAGUUCCAUUGGCGCGGGAGAUAGUCGUUCUGUUUACACGGUCCACUAAUUGGUCAAUUUCGUCUGGAGGGGCGCUGGAAAUGUAAACGUAUUCAUUGUCGUAUUUAUUAUAGUUUUCUCCAGCGUAUUUAUAACGAUCGAAUGAUUUACAAGAACUGGCAGUUGUCGGUCGACACAAGUCCUUUAAGGACUUUUCGCGGUCCUCGGCAGUUUUUGGGCGGAUGGGGAUGUCAUCAGUUGUCAGAGCACCACUGAAGGCGAAGUCAUUGAUAUUGAAAUUUAUAUCGUUCACCCGAGAACUGAUAGUUGGUUUCCUCAAACGUCGGAUCAUUCGAUUUAAGUCCUUCUCAGUCAAUUUGCGGGAACCUUUCUUACGUUCCACACCGGAAGCUGACGCGGACCGUCUGACACGAGCAGAUGGUGUUCCGAUUAGGCGAGAAUUGUCUUGUGAUUUUAUCUGACGUGAUAAUCUUUCAGUGAUAUCAUCAAGAUCUUUCUUUUCAACUUUUCUGAAUCCAUAAACUUUGGCAACUUUCUUAGUCUCUUGUACUUUGCUGUAGUAAAAACUCAUGGUGGUCUUUCUAGUAAAAGGCGAGUACAGAAACGUAGAAACCUUCUAAACAGCGAGAUCACAC